UCCUCGGCCUCCCUCCCCGCCUCCCCCCACCCUCCCCAGCCGCCUCUCGCCGCUUUUUCACCUCCCUCAGCGGGACCGGAACUAUGUGAUCCCGGAAGUUCCGGGGCCAUCGCUGUGUGGGAUAAACAGUAAUGGCGGAGGCUGCGGCUCCCGGAACAACAGCCACCACAUCAGGAGCGGCGGCGGCGGCGGCGGUGGCAGCGGCCUCCCCCACCUUUAUCCCCACCGUCGCUGUCCCGUCGCCGGGGGCGGGAGGAGGAGGAGGGGGCGGCAGCGACGGAGGCGGCGGCGGCGGCUGGACUAAACAGGUCACCUGCAGGUAUUUUAUGCAUGGGGUUUGUAAGGAAGGAGAUAACUGUCGCUACUCACAUGAUCUCUCUGACAGUCCAUACGGUGUAGUGUGCAAGUAUUUUCAAAGAGGGUACUGUAUUUACGGAGACCGCUGCAGAUACGAACACAGCAAGCCACUGAAACAGGAAGCAGUGACUGCUGCAGAUCCAAGUGCGAAAGCAUCCCUGGCUGCUUCCUCAAGCCUCCCAUCGGGGGUUGGACCACUUAUCGAAAUGAAUACCAGUGAAGCCGAGUCAAGAAACCCAGCCUUUCCAACUGUAGGCGCGGGUUCAGAGGACUGGGUCAAUGCCGUUGAGUUUGUUCCUGGGCAGCCCUACUGUGGCCGCACCGCCCCUUCCUGCGCCGAAGCACCCCUGCAGGGCUCAGAGGCCAAGGACGAGUCCGAGAAGGAGCACAGUGCCGGGGAGGCGAAGCAGCAGCUGUGCCCCUACGCUGCCGUGGGAGAGUGCCGCUACGGGGAGAACUGCGUGUGCGUCCACGGAGAGCCCUGUGACAUGUGCGGCCUGCGCGUCCUCCACCCCAGAGACGCGGCCCAGCGGUCACAGCACAUCAAAUCUUGCAUUGAGGCCCAUGAGAAGGACAUGGAGCUCUCUUUCGCUGUGCAGCGCAGUAAGGACAUGGUGUGCGGGAUCUGCAUGGAGGUGGUCUAUGAGAAAGCCAACCCCAGCGAGCGCCGCUUUGGGAUCCUCUCCAACUGCAACCACACCUACUGUCUCAAGUGUAUUCGCAAGUGGAGGAGUGCUAAGCAAUUUGAGAGCAAGAUCAUAAAGUCCUGCCCUGAAUGCCGGAUCACAUCUAACUUUGUCAUUCCAAGUGAGUACUGGGUGGAGGAGAAAGAAGAGAAGCAGAAACUCAUUCAGAAAUACAAGGAGGCAAUGAGCAACAAGGCGUGCAGGUAUUUUGAUGAAGGACGUGGGAGCUGUCCAUUUGGAGGGAACUGUUUUUACAAGCAUGCGUACCCUGAUGGCCGUAGAGAGGAGCCACAGAGACAGAAAGUGGGAACAUCAAGCAGAUACCGGGCCCAACGAAGGAACCACUUCUGGGAGCUCAUUGAGGAAAGAGAGAACAGCAACCCCUUUGACAACGACGAAGAGGAGGUUGUCACCUUUGAGCUGGGCGAGAUGUUGCUUAUGCUUUUGGCUGCAGGUGGGGACGACGAGCUGACAGACUCUGAGGACGAGUGGGACUUGUUUCACGAUGAGCUGGAAGAUUUUUAUGACUUGGACCUAUAGCAGCUUUGUGUGGCACGUGAACUGGUCUGCGGAGCCUCAGACAGUAGCUGUCCCCUGUGCCGUGUGGCAGUGCGUGUGGCUCUCCUAGGCAGGCCUCUCAACUCCAGGUGCUGUCGUGAUCACUUACCCAGGGCCUGCUCCUCCACCCCUCACCUUUCCCCAAGCGUGUGUUCUCUGUUUCAAAAAGUUACAAAAAUAAAUCUUAAAGUUAGUUUUUUGUAACAUGAAUUUAACUGUCAGACAGUUAGUGUAGGUUUGUUGCGACAUCUAUGUUCAGCCAGGUUGUGUUUAUGGACUUUGCACACUCAUUUUGAAGACCCCCCCCCCCAGGUUCAAGGGUAAAAGCACUGUUUGUGCUUUGGGGUCCACGGAGUUAGGGGUGAUGGGUAAAGGGACCUAAGCUGGCAAGUAAGUAGCCUUCUGCUACGAGUGCAGAAGGGGGCUCCUCGAGGUUUCUGGUGGGCUCUGUACAUCUGGUGGUAGGUUUGUUCCCUACCCUGCAGUCCCACCACAGGCACUUGUCCGGUGGUUUGGGGCUCUAGUUUAGUUGCACACAAGGAAUACUACUGGGCCAGGUGCAGAGGUGUUGGGGUUAACAUGAUAGAAAAUCUGGAAACGAUGGAAGAUGCAGUAGCGUUCCAUCAAUGCAGACUUGGUGGUUAGCUCCCAAGGGUUGAUGGACUUGGGCGAGCAUGAAGCGAGCGCGCGAGCAGCUUCCCAUCUGUGUAUAGAUGCAGUGUUAGCCUUAGUGGACAAACUUGGGGCCGUGGUCAGCCUCAUGGCGCCAGGUAGAUCUUAAAGGACCAACAGUCUAUCAGUAGUUGUUAAUGUAGCGGUGCUAGCAGUCUGUCUAUAAUAGAGAAAUGGGAUCCGCCGUAGAGGUAAAAUGACCUGCUGAUCCCACUUAUCAACACAAGCUGGGUCUUGGAUGCACAGUUGUAUUUAAUGUUUUAUGGUCUAGCUUUUCCAAUCCAGGCACUUUUUGGGGAAACAAAAACUUUGUCCUCAUUUGAGGGGUUCUGUUGUUAAGGUUUUUGUGUUUGUUUGUGGAUAUCUGCCUCAUCCCACCCCUGGACUUUGCAGGUGGACAGAUGGAUGCAAAUCUGUAUUCUGAGGCGUUUCUUAUAGUGGCAUAAUUGGUUUACAAUUAGAAAACAUUCCCACUAAAGGGGAGGAGGUGGUGGUAUCCCGUAAGACAAGCUGAAGUUGUUACGUUGUUAGAAUUCCUUGAUGGGAAAUUUCACCGUUGCAUUUUAUUGCUGUUUCCUAAAAAUAACUUGGGAAUACUCCUGAUUGUCCAUCUGCUUCGAGUCCUUGGAACCCACCCGUUCUUCCACGUUAAGAGAACAAGUAAUUGUUGCAGAGGUCUCUGUAUUUUGCAGCUGCCCUUUUGUAAGAAGCACUUUUCCCAAAUAAAACAAUAAAAAAAGUUUGGCUUUC